CCUCUCUCGCUCCCUCUCAGUCCUCCUGUUUCACACACACAAUAGACAGCUGGGAGACAGAGGGGACGGCACAACAGAGGGGUCUCUUCAUGCGUGUUCAACAGUGCUCUUUGCAUCCCGCAGUCUUCCAAUGUCCUUUUUUUGUCUGUUUGCGAACACUGAGCUUCUGCCGCUCGUGUUGCCCCUCUGGGAAGCCUCCACCCUCGGGAACGUAUCUGUGAUUUUUUUCCUUUUAAAAGGAUACUCUGCACAGUGAGAUGUCGCUCCUGCGUUUUCUUUUCUGGGAGGAUGGAUUGUUGACGGAGCCUCGACAUUGACUGAGGCCUUGCCUACUGGAGAUUAUGGCAUUGGGACUUCCCCCUCAUUUCAAAGCUAGAUUGGAGGAUACUGUAUCUACUGAGCAUGCAGGCGAAGAGAUUUGUUCUCCUUGUUAACCUUCUCGACCUUGUGGAGGAAAUGAGAGAAGCAAUGGCAUGUAACAAAGGUAUUUAAUCCUCAGUGAUGGCAAAGAAGACCCUUUGUCCCAAAAUAAGGUACGGGGAAGACAGUGAUUCCCUUCAGCCGGUCGCCCGCUGUCCAGCUUGUAACCGAGACUACGACGUCGCUCUGAUCCUGCCGUGCUCUCACACCAUGUGCGGCCACUGCGUCGUCCACGGAGAGAGGAGGAGCUCAGACCGGUCACCUCACCGAGGCGUCGGCCUGUCCGCGUGCUCGGUGCUGUGCCCCUGCUGCCAACGUCACGUGGAACUGCCAUGCUGGGCCUGGUCGUCCGCCACUUCCUGUUUGCCAAAACAUCCCACACUGAGUCCCGCGCGCGUCAGCGGGGAGACGGGCGCCAAGGAUGGAGCAUCCCAACAUCACCUUCAGCACCCGCAGGAGCACACACACCGCACGGAUUCAGCUGUUGAGAGGGCACGCAGCUGUCGACACAGUGAGAAUGGCGCCAAUGCUGCCAGUUCCCCUGUAACACCAGUAGAUGGCGAUGUAGACCUGACAGAGGAGGAGAUGGAGCAAUCUGUCUUUGGACUGCGUUUUGCUCUGGAUCCUGCCAGUGUCCCUCCAUCGCUCCAUCUCUCCAGCAGCUCCCUCACUGUCACCUACCGAGGCCCCCCGACCCCACCUCCAGACAGCAGGGUCAGACCCAGGCUGACCUGCGACCCUGGGGUCCCGCCGGCCCUCCCGCAGGCGUGGGCUGAUGUCGUCAUCGUGCGGGGACAGUACUACUGGGAGGUGGACGUCUGUAACAGCUCCGCGUACAGGAUUGGUGUGAGCUCGUUGGACGGUGGCGCUGGCUGGUGGCUGCAAAGGCAGGGCUCGUCUUUUUGUGCAGUGCAUGAUGGGAGCCGGGAGCCGCUCGACACUGUCCCGCCCCAGAUCAAAAGCCUCGGGGUCUUCCUCAACGUCGGAGGGGGCGGCCUGAGCUUCCACAACCCCCUGACCCACGAGCGCCUGGCCACGCUGCCGACCCGCUUCGGCGCUGCGGGGGUGCUCCCGGCUCUGGGCCUGGGCCAGGGCCGCCUGAGGCUGCGCUGCGGCCUUCCCCCUCCUCCGCACGUCUUCCUCGGUAAGGAGUCGACCUACAGGGGGCCUUGUGUUGCCGGCGGAGGCCGGUGGCGCGGGGAGCUUCCCUUCCAGUCUGUCAGGAGAGCGAUACAGAAGUUCGAGGAGCUGGCCGGGUCCGACUCGGACUCGGGCCUGGUGUCCAGUGUUGGCUCGCCCUGCUCCACCCUGGCUUCCCGUCCAGAUCUGGGGAUUCCGGGCAUGUCUCCCUCUGGGCACGCAGGCACGAGAAACUGGAGCUGAAGGAGGACAGCUCCGGAAACUUCCUCUCCAGUGAGGGCAUCAGAAACACACCCGCUGCUCCUCUGAGUGGUUUGAUCCCCACUUGCCAAUUGAAAGGCAAAUUUGUUUCCAUCUCGAGGGACUUCGGGUCGCCUCUUCUCUCUCUGCGUGACCCCCGGACCCGCAAUUGACUCUCUCCCCAGGACACAGGUCCUUUCUCUCGACCAAACGCCCCCCGCUGGUUUGGGCUUGGGCCAGAAAGGGUCCUCUGUGAUGUGAAGUGUGAGGGAACAGAGGGCCUCGAGCAGCGGGACUCCUCGGGUUGUCUCUGUGUGACGGUUGUCGGGCGGCAGGGGGUCCUACAGUUGCAGUGUGCACGUUUGCUGUGUGUAGUGUGGGCAGGAGCACCGCCUUGAGUGCGCGCAUUUGCUCAGUCACUCAUACAUUCCGGUGUGUGUGUGUGUGUGUGUGUGUGUGUGUGUGUGUGUGUAAGCAAGAGGCAACAGUGUACAAGCGGCAGGGGGUGAGAUGGCGAGGUGCGAGUACAGUGACACCGGCGGUGUUGACACAGAGCGGCGAGAAAACAGGUGGUAACGUACGUUGGUCCCGCGGCCUCCCUUCGCCGGGACAGUAGGGCUGUCCUUUUCUGACCCUUUGAAAACCCCGGGACUCCCCGAGACUUCAAAAGAACAACAGAGAACGGGAGAACAGAGAGGCAGAGAGAGAGAGAGAGAGAGAGAGAGAGAGAAAAAACAGCAUGCAUGAAUUAAAGACAGCAGGUGAUGAGCCGGUAAGGAAAAAGAAGAAGAGGAAGAAAUGGGAUAGAGGAAAGUGGAUUCCUAACAGCUUUCAUCCCAAGAAGCCCUGAGUAGACCAAGUGGGCCGAGCCAACCCACCUGAGAACUAGUCUAAGGUAUAGUAGCUGCAGGAGUCUUUAACAUUACAGCAUGGGGAUGAAUAAGAAUUAGUUGUCUUGGCACGUUCAAUAAUAAAAGUGGAACCUUUUUUUGUUUUCCAGUCCAACACAUGGCGAAUUAAAAACGGUGUUUUAAUAUCUGGAUUCGCUAAGCUUUUCCCUGGAAACUGAGGCCUUGUCUCUUCGUCAUUGGCUUCGAGCUCCACACACCGCUGGGUUUUGGCUUGUUGGCCACAGAUUCAAUCGGAGCGAUUCUGGCAAGGAGCACGGUGAAAGUAUAAACUCCCCCCCCCCCGUUUCCCUCUGGGCUCCCAAGUCCCAUUUGUAGAACCACUGGUGCCGAGGACUAUUUAUACUUGGCAUCGCUGACGUUCAUAUUCAUUCUGCCUGUGACCACUUAUGAUUAGGAAUUGUAGAGCCCAUUGAAGAAAUUACCUUCUCCUUUUUCUGUCUGUUACUCAGCGUUUUUCCUUUUCCAAAUGGACAGUCUGAUGAGUAUUGAAUCAGGCCACCCAAACCCUAACAUCUGACUGUAAAGAAGUUUCGGAUCAAUCCGAAGUUCUACUGCAGAUGCUCGUCUGAGGAGGAGGAGGAGCAGCGGACGGAUUUUACUUUCACGUGAUAUGAACGAAAUCGGUUAAGCAGUCUCAAUACUAGGAGAACACUCCAGUCGUCAGGAUGGCGGUUUGUUGAUGUUUAUCGGACGGGGUGAGAAGUCCUGCGCGUCAAAUGUGUGCGCUUUUUGUGCAUGAGGCAACAUGACAUGACAUGGUGUGCACAUUCAGGCCUAACAUGUAUUCCGGCUCUGUGAGCAUGAACUUCGCGUUACGGUGCAGCGGGGGAAUGUAACUAAGUCGAGUUACUCAAGACUACUGCACCCAUACUUGAAUAUUUCCAUUUGUAUGUUUCAUUUCGAGGUAUUUAUUCACAUUUUGCACUACACCGUAGAUUCGAUUAUCGUUAUUCUUCUACAUGCGUCUCCUCGUGCACGUUAUGUCUUAUGGAAAGCGCUUGUUGUUGAAAUGUGCCAAAUAAAUCUCGCCCCUGUCUUGUCUCGCC